AUGGUCACGCACAAUGGCUUGAUGCGCAUAUUUUGGCCAUCAGAUGUUCCAAACGAUUCGGCGCCAGGGGUUCUAGUCGGAUUCGAGAACUCCAAGACUGAUGUCUUCGUGGUAGCCGUUCUGCAGGAUGUGGAUUUACGCCAGGUGGAAAAUGCGCUACUUGUAGGGACAUUGCUGCGACAUAGCCCACAUGAUAUCCAAGAACUGCUGCAACGAUGCGGCCAUUCAGCGCUUCGCGCUGUUGGCUGCGUAAACCCAAAGAGCCCACCAGAUGCAUGUGGCGCCGAACCCCUCACAGUGCACACCAAUCCUUCGACCCGCUUUCCACGCAUCCACUACCCAGCCGACACGCUCAUGGCCAUUCAAGUCAUCGUAUACGACCGACCGCACCCGACGCGCAUGCAAUAUCUCUCGCUGAACCCUAUCACACUAGCACUGGGAGACAAAACACGGGUGGCUGAGUGGGAUGGGGUGUUUGCUGACCUCGAAGAGGCAGAGGCAAAGGAGCGGAAGAGGAAGGCACAGCUUGUCGAGCGGUUGAAGCUUCACACAGUCCUUGCGCAUCCGCCCACACAAAAGGAGCUGGCACUGCCAAUGAUCAUCGAACAGGUUAAUUGCUCCUAUGAGCUCAAUGCUCUCCUGCAAAAGAAUAUUGGCAUGAUUGGCAGGCGCAUGAAGCGGGCACUGAGUGUCAGUGAGCGCGUGGCCGAGUCUGCCAACAACCUCUGGGACUAUGCCUGGAUGAUGCUCGACUACUUAUUCAGAGUCUGGGUCUGGCCUAUAGCUGCACAGCUCUUCAUAUUCGGCAUCAUCACGCACCGCAUACUGGGAGAGGCAAUGAUCAUGAUCCUGCACUGGCGACCUGGUGCUUCCGACUCACCGGCCCUGAAGGACCUAUCUGCAACAGCACAGCAAAUCGACAUUCGACUGCAGCAAUCAUGUUACUGGCCUAUUCAGUACCUUACCUUGCGGAGGAGGAAAGCCAAUUGGGAGAGCAUUACCAACAGCCAUCCAGAGUACAUUCGAUUCUACAACAGUCUGUGGUUGGUUGCAAACGAUGUCAUCAUGGGUAUAGCUGUAGGAACCUUCAUCAUCGAGAAUGCGUCAUUCGUGGCAGCACAAGUAGAUACUAUAUUCAGUGCAUGGUCGGUCGAGGGGCUGCGGCGCAUGAUAUCAUGGCUCAUGGGGUGGCCAGGAGGCUUGAAGCUCAACACCGAGCUGGCAGCCUUCUUGGGUGACCUGUUCCUUUGGGUCAUUGACUACUGGGCUAACUGUAUAUCGCUCCUGCGACCCCAUCUGCCUGCACUCAUCCAGAUCAUUGGCUACUCCUCCUUUGCCGGCGCCACUAUGCCCAUAUCAAUCUUCUCGGAUCUCGUCUCCCUGCUCACCGUGCACAUCUACUCCUUCUACGUUGCAUCUGCUCGUAUCUUCCACUGGCAGCUCACCAUUAUCAUUUCUCUCUUCCAUCUAUUCCGUGGCAAGAAGCGCAACAUUCUCCGCAACCGAAUCGAUUCAUGCGACUACGACUUGGAUCAGCUACUCCUUGGUACGAUCUUGUUCACACUGCAGUUUUUUCUCCUGCCGACUGUGUUCGUCUUCUACCUGACGUUCGCCAGUGCGCGUAUCGCUGUGAUUGGGCUCAAAGCAAGCCUCGAGAUGGGACUUGCAUGUCUCAACCAUUUCCCUCUGUUUGCAGUCAUGUUGCGGCUCAAGGAUCCAGGACGCUUGCCGGGAGGGAUAUGCUUCGAGUUGCAAGAUACGGGCAAUAUGUCGGUCGAUCAACAAAAUGCGUCUGGCUUUGCGCCAACUGCCUACGUGCUGCUCAAGUCUGUACCGUUGUCACUCCGCGCAAUGUUUCAACCAUACUUUGAUCUUGGCGACCGCAUACGGAAACACUACUUCUCGCCUAGCGUGUUGCUCUACCUAGUGUCGGGUCAGUUUGUGCCACCAAUCCACCGUCGCAACCUGUACAGUCUUCAGUAUAGCAUGUUGCCAGCGAAAAGGGCAGGCAUAGGUGAGCUUUGGAGGAAGUUGACGGAGCGGGACCGGCAGCCUUCGCGUUCAUCGAGUAGCUACCCCCCUAUAUCGUUCAGAAGAGGUAUACCAAAUGGUAAAAGUAGAAAAUUGAUAUAG